AGCAGCUCCACUUUUUUGUUGCACACGGGACUUCCCAUGUCAUUUUCAAGCGGUGUGAACUGAUGUGAACUGAAACGCCGUUCCUCCAUUUUUCCACUCUUUUUUUCCCUUGCAAUUUUCGGCUUUUGGGCUUUCUGUAUUUCAUAUUUCUCAAUCGUCUUCUCCAAGUCCUGGUCGUUGAUUUCGAGAUAUGGGUUCCAGAAUCGUACCCUGUUCUAAGAGCUGGCAGUGCUGGCAGAGCUCGAUGCAGAUUUCAGCACCAGUUUCUACAUCUUCUUCUUCGAAAGCGUCGUCGGUUUCGGUUUCUUUCCCUUCUGUGAGAAGAAGCGGUGGAGCUCUGGGUUGCGGGUUCGUUCGUUGGUUAAACUCUUCCGGGUCGGGUGAUUCGAAACGUCGACGUACUUCGAACCAGUCUUGCAGAUCGAAGUUUGAUGAUUUCUCAUGCGAAGAAUUGUCGAACCAGAUUGAGGGAUUGGCGCAAAGGUUUAAUCUUUCCGAGGACGGUGACGAGAACGUCGAGGAACCGGCUUUUGUGGCGUCGAAGACCUCGAACAUCUCUCCGAUAUUGACUUACCCAGAAGGUGAAAACAGCAAAGGCAGCGGCUUGUCGACGCGGUUUUCAAGCUUCAAGUUCAGUGCGUUGGAACCCUCUCUGCUCGGGAUUCAUCCGGAGCCGCCGGACUGGCCGGAGAGAAGCGAAAUCGUCAGAACCGCCAUGGAAAGAAAGGCCAACAGCCUCGAGUUUCCGGUUUCGCUCCGGUUAAUCAAGAAGAAGCAGCGGCAGCAAAGGGAAGAGGGUCCUAAAGGGGGAGCAGGGGAGAUUACUUUUUGCUCCCUGAACAAGGCAUUCUCUUCCAUGGUGUUUAUAAUCUGUGAGCUCCAUAGCCACGCUUUGAGUAUAAGGGAAAGUUUGUACUCUGAAGAUUUGCACGAGGUGAUAGCGAAGGUGCAGAAGAGAGAGAUGAGCAUGUCAUUUGUGUGGUUGUUCCAGCAGGUGUUUUCGGGGUCGCCGACUUUGAUGGUAUAUGUGAUGAUCUUGCUGGCGAAUUUCAGUGUGUAUUCGAUGAAUUGCAAUGUUGUUGCUGCAUCACCUCUGCCUGUUAUGGCUGAGACUUUGACAGAGACUGAGACAGAGGAACAACCCUACUCGAAAUCCGAUUAUAUUUCCGACGACGAUUCUACUAGGGUUGUGAAAAAGACCUCGAACGAGGGCAGUAAGGCCGAUUUUCGUGACAAUGUGACCUCGGAAAGUUCAAUCAGGCAUGCCAUUGUUGAUCUUGAGAAGAUGUAUGGUGUCUCCUUGUUCUAUGAUAAGGAGUUCACCGCAGAGGAGGAUGUGAAGUUGUGGAACUCUGUGAUGGAGGAAGCUUCGAGAAUGCAAUCAGAAAUGAGGGAUGAGGCUCUUGAUCACGCAACGGUGCAGCAAUUUGUGUCGCCGAUAACUGUGAAUGUCGAACCGGAUUAUCAUGAGCACUACUUUAGAACUGAUCUUUUGUACCAGAUGGGUUUAGCUCAGGAUCCUCACAAUGCACUUCUGCUCUCAAACUAUGCACAAUUCCUCCAUGUCGUUGCUCGCGAUCACGAUAGGGCCGAGGAGUGCUUCAGGCGUGCCGUGCAAGGGGAGAAACCAGACGCCGAGGCUUUGAUCCGGUACGCAGACUUCUUGUGGAUAGUAAGGAAAGACCUGUGGGGUGCAGAAGAGAGAUACCAGCAAGCAAUGGCAGAGGAGCCAGACAAUCCCUAUUACGCCUCCAGGUAUGCCAAUUUCCUUUGGAGCACUGGCGCCGAAGAUACUUGCUUCCCUCUCAGUACAUCCUACGAUAACUACAACAAAGUUUCGUAGUUUUGCCCAAUUAUGCCGGGUACCGACACCCGGCACUGCCAGGGAUGUAUUCCGGUCCUGAGUAAAUUAUCUGUAGGAAAGAAUUUGACCGAGAGAAUCUGCAGAUCUCUCAGUUCUGUAAUCCAGUUUGAUCGCAAUAAGAAAUGAAUGACGAUUUCGCAA